GAGGGUUUCCUGUAUGGAGCAACAGCUUUCACGCACAGAAACGCUCACCAAGGAAAGAAGCAAACCUAUAUUUUAGACAAAAGAAUCGCGAGUUGGUUUAAACGUUGGUUGGCGGUUUAAAUAAACGUUAAAACGACGCAUUAACGUUAAGUCAGGUCUGUUGUAACGUCUGUUUGGAGGGAGCCAACUAAAAGAUGCCGUCCCGUGUAGAGGACUAUGAAGUGUUGAACACUAUAGGCUCCGGUUCUUACGGGAGAUGCCAGAAAAUAAGACGAAAAAGUGACGGCAAAGUCCUGGUGUGGAAGGAGCUGGACUAUGGCACCAUGGCGGAGAGCGAGAAGCAGAUGCUUGUGUCAGAGGUCAACCUCCUCAGGGAGCUCAAGCACCCCAACAUAGUCCGCUACUACGACCGCAUCAUCGACCGCACCAACACCACACUGUACAUCGUCAUGGAGUACUGUGAAGGAGGGGACUUGGCCAGUCUCAUCAGUCGCUGCAUCAAAGAAAGGCGUUACUUGGAGGAGCAGUUCAUCCUUCGGGUCAUGGCGCAGCUCUCUCUGGCCCUGAAGGAGUGUCACAGACGAAGCGACGGCAGGGCCACGGUUCUUCAUCGCGACCUGAAACCAGCCAAUAUCUUCCUUGACGUCAAGCAGAAUGUUAAGCUUGGAGACUUUGGCCUGGCGAGGAUUCUGAACCACGACACCAGCUUUGCAAAGACUUUUGUUGGGACACCGUACUACAUGUCUCCAGAGCAGAUAAACAGGAUGUCCUACAAUGAGAAGUCAGAUAUUUGGUCCCUGGGAUGUUUGCUAUAUGAACUUUGUGCAUUGUCGCCUCCAUUCACUGCAUAUAACCAGAGAGAGUUGGCGGAGAAGAUCAGAGAUGGGAAGUUCAGAAGAAUCCCUUACCGGUACUCUGAAGAACUGAACACCUUACUUGGCAAAAUGCUCAACCUUAAGGACUACCUGAGACCAUCUGUGGAGUCCAUCCUUCAGAGCGGUCUGUUAAGUGACAGUGUUGCUGAGGAGCAGAGGAAGAUUCAGGCUCGGGCUCAGAGGAGAUCUGCAGACUCUGACAGUCCUGUUCACAAGUUGGCCGAAAUGGGAACUGUCUGUGUGGCAGAGCUCAAGCUCAAAGAGCAGGCGCUGAAGGACAGAGAGCAGGUGCUGAAGGAACGAGAGGAAAGACUGGAGAGAAGGGAGCAGGAACUGUGUGUACGUGAGCGACUGACUACUGAGAAACUUGCACGAGCAGAGAGUUUGCUGAGGAAUUACAACCGGCUGCAUCAGCAAAAGGAGGUGGCACGGGGCUAUAACAAAGACAUAGAUUCGGAGGAACUGUCCCCUGGAAAGAAGAAGGUCCACUUUGCGGGUGAAAGCAAAGAGAACCAGCAGCCCGAUGGCCAGCACGGUGGGCCGUACCAGGAUUUAAUGCUGCGGCGCCUGCACUCCGCUAACCUCCGGGCUCAAAAACUAAGCGAAGUGGAGAAAAUCUGCCAGUUGAAAAGCAGACAGAUCCUCGGCAUCCGCUGAACAUAAGAGAAACAGUCAUAUCAAAAAGAAAGUGAGGUUUUUAAAACUGGAUGUAAAUUUGAUAUUUCAUAAGAUGUGUGUGUGUGUAUAGUAUUUAAAGUUUUAUCAUACAACCUGUGGAGGUGUUUUGAAAAUGGUAGGCAGCUAUUGUGAUUUUUAAUGUUCCUUGUAUGUUUUUCCUUCAUUUGUUUUCUUACACAGAUUGUUUAACUAUAAAAAAGGAUUAUUUUAAGAAUAAACAUGUCUGUGUUGAUUAUGAACCCAAUUCAUUUGCUUUAAGUGUUCAAAAAACAGAAAUAUAUUUUUAGAUUGCUGACUUUUAAUAGGACAAUGCUUCACAGCAGUCAUUUGCAUUAGAGACACCUUUCAUCAAGACUUAAUAGUUUCCACAAGGGGUCAUCGGUUUACUACAGAAUAGGCAAUCACAGCCAACAGAACAGAAAUGGCUUCCAUUUAGGAGUUAAUGCUUUGAUUUAAGGAUGAGAUUAAAAAGGAAGUUUCUGUUAACACUAUUCAUCAGCACAAUGAAAUUAUCAGAUGGCCUUCAUGUUCCCUAAUUGUUUGACUAAUCAAAAAAUCAUUUGGGAAAUUUGCACAUCUGAAACGGUCAAUAGAAUACAUUUAAGGAAAACUCCAGUUUACAAAUAAUUUAAUUCUUUAUAGAUGGUA